AUGGCACCUCCAACUAUAACUGCAACUUCGGCACCAUCUACGGGCGAUGCUACCAUGUCGCUGCGCAGCGCCCCAAGCGACGACGCAGCGAAGGAUGAGGCUCCAGAGGUGGCAAAGCUCCGCGCUUCUUUCCCCAAGCCUCCCGUCUUCGAAGACAAAGUCCAGGAGCGAGAAUACCUCAAGGGAAGGCUUGCACUCGCGUUCCGCAUCUUUGCCAAAUACGGCUACGAAGAGGGUGUGGCGGGACACAUCACGCUGCGAGAUCCAGUUGACCCUACGACGUUCUGGGUCAACCCGUUUGGCGUACCAUUUGCUCACAUCCGGGUAUCGGAUCUCAUCCAGGUCGACCAUGAAGGCACCGUCAUUGCGGGAGGAGAGAUCCGCCGCCUGAAUACUGCUGCGUACAUGAUUCACGCAGCCGUCCACGCAGCCAGACCGGACGUCCAGUGUGCAGCUCACAGUCACAGCAUCUACGGCCGCACAUUUUCAACCCUCGGGAUCGAGCUGGACAUUACGACUCAAGACUCCUGCGCUUUCUACAAGGACCAUGCCCUAUAUGCCCAGUUCAAAGGCAUUGUUCUAGGCAAAGAAGAAGGGCUAAACAUUGCCAAAGCUCUCGGGAAUAAAAAGGCGGCAAUUUUGCAAAACCACGGUCUCCUGACUGUGGGUAGAACUAUUGAGGAGACUGUUUUCUGGUUCUAUGCGCUAGAGAAGUGCUGUUACAGCCAGUUGUUAGCCGAUGCAGCAGCCAAGGGGCGAGGCAUUGAAACUGUCAAGAUCCCGGAAGAAGACGCCCUGUACACCUUCAAGACGAUUGGUACGCCGUUUGCUGGAUAUUUCAACGGUCUCCAGUUGUAUGAGGUGGUCGAGAGAGAGAUGGACGGCGCUCAUUUGCAGUAA